AUGAGUCGACGAACAGGCCCUUCCAGCCGGCCCUCGCAAUUGAGCUCUUGGUACACUUCGCUGCCACCACCAAGGAGUGAAGCAAACUUGACGGAGAAGAUUAUCGUGACCCUAGUCGCCAAGGAAGUUACGAGCCCCCAAACAAUAGUGGUAGCCUCAGACCCUCAAUCUGAAUCUAUAACACACGCAAAAUGUUCGGGCAGAUCUAUCAAUGUUCGCAAAGGAGAAAAGUUCAAUUUGAACAUUGAUAUCCAACCUUAUCGAGACGAAACAGGGCGCCAUUUACCAGGUGCCGUAGAUUCUGUCGGACCCCCGUCAAAAUUCUAUAUCAAGUACGAAGACAGCGAAGCCCUCAGCACUCAAGCCCAGACAACCUCUAAUACUGACGCCCGCCUAACUGUUAGAGGAGGUAAAUGUCAAGGUUUGGCAGCGAAUAGCUGGGAUAUAUUGAAUUUACAACACAUUCAACUUUUAGAAGUCGCUAUCCAUUCUACAGGCCAUUACUACUUAUACUUGAUCAUCGAGAAAGAGAAUAGUAAUGGUUCUCAAGACCUGCUUGCGAAGAUCAGAACCAGGAAGGUCAAGGUCUCUAGGUGA